CUGCAUAGCUCAAAACUCUGUGACACACACCAGACCAAGUGACAAUGAAAACCCUCCUGUUCUUGCUUCUCGGUCUUGUCACCUUCAUCAGCAAUGCUAACACUCUCCCAGACAGUCCUCAAUCUAAAUCUUCAAUUCCUCAAUUGACCCAACAGAAAAGGCCUGAUAAUGAAACCAUAUACAGGGUGUCAAAGCAACUAUGCUGGGGUUGCAUGGCGGAGUCAUUAGAGUUCUUGUUCAGGCACAACUUGGUGAGAGCAACCAAGUGGGAGCUUCCACUGAUGUGGGACUUCCAGCUGGAGCAGUACGCGAGGUGGUGGGCUAGUCAAAGGCAAGCAGAUUGUAAACUGGAACAUUCUUUCCCAGAAAAUGAUUUCAAGCUUGGAGAGAACAUUUUCUGGGGUAGUGGCUCGGCGUGGACACCGUCUGAUGCUGUGAGAGUGUGGGCUGAUGAAGAGAAGUACUACACCUAUGCCACCAAUUCCUGUGUACCGGGUCAGAUGUGUGGCCAUUACACUCAGAUAGUGUGGAAGAGCACCAGAAGAAUUGGAUGUGCCCGUGUUGUAUGCGACGAUGGAGAUGUCUUCAUGACUUGUAAUUAUGAUCCCGUCGGCAAUUAUGUUGGAGAGCGACCCUAUUAAAUUAUAUAAAGUAUGUGUGCAUGAUUAUGCAUGUAGCUAGAAUGAAAAAACAGUAUUAGAUUAUGUAAUUGCUGAACUGCUUGCUAUUGUGAA